UACGCCAUAUUGAAUCACCGUAGACUUCUGCUAGCGAUUUUCAGCUAGCUGUUUGAAAAGGACCGGUCUUCUAAUGGUCUUCAUUUGGCGUUACCAUUUCUCUCUGUCUUUGUAACACGGGUUAUUAUCACAUUUCUUUAGUCAGGGCAGUAGUGUAUUUUUAACGGGCACAUUGAUUUGCUUGAAAGGGGUUCCGAAAAAAAGUUGAAUGGAUCCGAGGGUGGCUUGGAAUCAGCCCGAGCAGAAAGGACCUGCGAAUGCAUCAUGGAUGCGAAUCUGGGAGAUUUCUCAGUCUCCAUGAGGAGGUGGUAGACUUCUACAACUUCAUGUCUCCCCAACCUGAGGAGGCUUCUAUGAGGAAGGAGGUGGUCAACAGAAUCGAGACGGUCAUCAAGGAGCUGUGGCCUACUGCUGACGUGCAGAUAUUUGGCAGCUUCAGCACUGGACUCUACCUGCCCACAAGUGACAUAGACCUGGUGGUGUUUGGGAAGUGGGAACGCCCCCCUCUGCAGCAAUUGGAACAGGCCCUCCGGAAACACAACGUGGCGGAACCUUUCUCCAUCAAAGUGCUGGACAAAGCUACAGUGCCAAUCAUCAAGCUGACUGACCAGGAGACAGACGUCAAAGUGGACAUCAGCUUCAAUGUGGAGACGGGAGUCAAAGCUGCUCUCUUCAUCAAGGACUACACAAAGAGGUAUCCCGUGCUGCCUUACCUGAUCUUUGUGCUGAAGCAAUUUCUGCUCCAGAGAGAUCUCAACGAGGUGUUCACUGGAGGAAUCAGCUCCUACAGCCUCAUCCUGAUGGUCAUUAGCUUCCUCCAGCUCCACCCAAGAAUUGACGCCAGUAGCCCCAACAUCAACCUUGGCAUCCUGCUGAUUGAGUUCUUUGAGCUGUACGGCCGCCAUUUUAAUUACCUGAAGACGGGCAUCCGUGUCAAGAACGGAGGGGCCUACAUGGCCAAGGAGGACAUGACGAAGGUUAUGACCAACGGCUACAGACCCUCCAUGCUCUGUAUAGAGGACCCACUGAUGCCAGGUAACGACGUUGGCAGGAGUUCGUACGGAGCCAUGCAAGUCAAGCAGGUGUUUGACUACGCUUACAUCGUCCUUGGUCACGCCGUGUCACCACUAGCACGCUCCUACCCCAACAAGGACAUGGACAGCACUUUGGGGAGGAUAAUCAAGGUGACCCAGGAAGUGAUUGACUACAGGGAGUGGAUCAUGACGAAGUGGGGAGGAAGGCACCUCGCCCGCAUGGAGAGCCGUGGUUCUGUCCUGGAGCAGGACCCAGCACGGUGUCUGUUGGGUGUAGGUGUGGAGGAACAGAGGGACUCAGUCUCCCCUCACAGUGCAGACUCCCCCAUGUCCCUGUCCAGUCCUCACCAACACUCCUCAGCCUCCUCGGUCUCCUCUCUGUCCGGGUCAGACAAUGACUCUGAUUCGACGCCAUGCCCUGGCCGCCCUCCCCUCUGCUGUGUGUUCCAGGACUCUGAUUCGACGCCAUGCCCUGGCCGCCCUCCGGCGCUGCCCCCCUACACCCUCCAGUCUCUGGGUAUGACUCUACCCCUGGGCCUGGCACUGGGCAAGACUGGCAUCAACCAGCAGCACCUCAUCAUGUCCCCUGGCUCACAGGCGUGUAUGUCUUUGCCCAGUGGCCUGACGAUGCACUCCUUACCUGUCAGACAGGUGGGUAUAGACAUGACCCCCCCUACCCACCACCCUGCCCACCAUAACCCUCAUGCCCCCUCCAACCCCCAGCCUCUGUCCAGCCCCCACCCCACCAGCCACACACACCAGAAUGGUCCUAAGUUUCACGUGAAAGGCUUCCACAAUCCAGCUGUGGUCCACAGUCCCGCCCUGGCCAACCGCGCCCACACACCCUCUCACACACGCCCACACACACUCACACACGCAGUACCGCAACACCUGGCGCCGUCGGAAGAGGGACAGCCUGCCAGUAAGCCUGAGCAGAUAAAGGAUAAAACAUCCCCCGUUUCCUCUCCUCCCUUCAUCCCUCUCUCAUUCUGACUGAUUGGGAAGACAACUUCAUGAGACAAUGCUCCCUGCUGUUCAACUUGGAGGACAGUCAGGCAGAGGCACCAGACCAGCAUUGGGAUUCAUUCAACACUUUGGGCUGCUGAACUUUGGCCCCGAGGAGGGAAAGAAGUGUAGCUCUGGGAAAACUCUUUCUCCAUCACUCAUCCUCUCCCCAUUUGUGCAUGUUUUUUACUGCGCAAUGAACCAACGGCCAACGAUACGGGAACGAGCAGUGCGGCUAGCAAACAGAACGCAGCGCAACCCAACGUGCAUUCUGACCCCAGAACUUUUCCGCAGCUCUCCAGUCUUUCGCUUCCUGUUUGGGAUCCACCUUUUUGUUUUGUUUUCGUUAAUGUUUAUUGUUCACAUUAAUAUUUUUUAAAUUGCGCUUUGCCCAUUUUCACAUAUGUUCAAGGAGACUGAGGAUAGUGACUUCUUUGCCAGGUGGAAGUAGCAAAAGACCAGUGUCGUGUUGUAAAUUGAGUUUAUUUUAGUUUUUUUGACUGGGUUGCGUUGUGAAGGCCUUUGUCCUUGAACCCUGUAGCCAAGCUGUAUCUUAUUUCAGUGUUCACACAAUGGACGGUUUCUAAUUUGUGCAAUAAUGUGUUCAAUUUUUUUUGUUAUCUUAUCAAUCUUUAUUUAAUUGUAUUAUUUGUGUAUGUAAAGGUAUUUUGGUGUUACGUUUUUAAGAUUGUAGUUUUUCUUUUUUUUGCCAAGAGUUUACAGAACCUUUCCCCAGAUGGCCUCCGGUCUGGAGAGUGUGUGACGGAGUGUGUGUCUGUGUCAAGAGUGUGUGACAGAGUGUGUGUCUGUGUCAAGAGUGUGUGUCAAUUGGUGAGUUGUGUGUAUCUUGUUGGUGUCAAAGUAUAGUUGAACCCCCCCCCCCAUGGGUGUUUUAGAAUGUGUGAAAAGGAAGAAUCAGAAGGAGCUAAGUGGCUUCAGACUACUGCAAUGCAACCUCUAUUGUUGACAGGUUAAACGUCUGUAAUCUCACAUUGUCUCACUAGAUGGAGCUCUUACUAUAGCAGAGUCACAGCGGACUGACUGACUGAGCUCUUACUAUAGCAGAGUCACAGCGGACUGACUGACUGAGCUCUUACUAUAGCAGAGUCACAGCGGACUGACUGACUGAGCUCUUACUAUAGCAGAGUCACAGCGGACUGACUGACUGAGCUCUUACUAUAGCAGAGUCACAGCGGACUGACUGACUGAGCUCUUACUAUAGCAGAGUCACAGCGGACUGACUGACUGAGCUCUUACUAUAGCAGAGUCACAGCGGACUGACUGACUGAGCUCUUACUAUAGCAGAGUCACAGCGGACUGACUGACUGAGCUCUUACUAUAGCAGUCACAGUGGACUGAGCUCUUAGUCACACCCAAUACCAUAGCUGUUGUUUUUAAAACCCUUAUCUUUAUUUGGUGCUUGUGCGUGCGUGCGUGCGUGCGUGCGUGCGUGCGUGCGUGCGUGUGUGUCAGACAUAGGAGGACUUAGUCACCUAACGUUUGUGCCAUUUUCGCUACUCAGUCCUAUUGUAGAGUAGGGCUGAAAACUCUUCCCCAUUGCAGGAGUUUGGCACAAGGCCAAAUACAUAUUGUAUGCUCCAGGUGUGUUUCUGUUGGUGUAUGUCUGUCAUUUUUUAAAGAUGUGCAUGGUAUGGAGGUGAAGUUAGAUGAAGGAAUAGCAAAAAUGACCUGAAGAUUGGUGAGUGGUGUGAAAUGGCAACUUACCCCCUAUGUCAAGUAGUGAACUACAUAGGGGAUAGGGUACCAUUUUCGACAUGCCCUAAAAGACUAGGUGCUCUAAAGGCCAAAAGGGUCUUUCUUAGCAGGGGAGAAAGUUCUGGAGACCUCUGGACAGUGGAGGAAAAGGAAUCAUUUUAAUUCCAUUCUGGAAUCUAGUGUAUAUUUGAUUGCCAAGUACUUCCGCUAGUUGUUUGUCUUUUCUUUGUGUUUAAUUGUGUGUGUGUGUGUGUGUGUGUGUGUGUGUGUGUGUCUCGUCUCUGCAAGUAUAUAGCCCCACACACACACAUACGAGUGACUGUGUGUGGCUGAGGCUCAGCGCGGUAGCUACACACUGAACAUAUGAUGUUAUUACUAUGCAAGUGGGUUAUUUUUGAGUGCCCCAGUAUUUCUGUUUCCAAUGACAACCACUGCUUCUUGGAUCGGAGUGACGUUACUGUAAACUCCAGUUUGAACGACUAGGCCUGUAAUUGAUGGGCUAGGCUAGAUGGUGGUUAGCCAGCCUCAGCCCAGUUACAAGUGAACCACAGAACUCUGUCUUUGUAUGCAAGUCCUGAUGUUUUAAAAGUCUAGUUUUGUAUUUCUAUCUGGCAGAAAGUCUAUGGAAGGGGGUGUGUUUAAGUGGUUGGGUAUCUGUAUGUCUGGCUUGUCUGAGCGAAUAGCAAGACUUUUUUUUCUUUUUUCAAAUGACACCCCAUUCUCUAUAUAGCACAUGCUAUUGUACUCUAGUGCUGUUCUAAAGUAGUGCCCUAAUAUAGGGGUUAGGGUGUCAUUUGAGUGCACAUGAGGAGCAACUUGCACUCUGUAGUGGAUGACUUCAUACCCUUCCUAGUGCACUAGAGUCCUCUACCCUUCCUGAGACUGUGUUAGGCGCCAACGUCACUCUGUAAUGUUACUAUAGCAACUUUUAACCACCAAUCAAAACUCGAUCUGGCCAAUAUAUCGCCUUUGACAGGGUCGUCGCCCCCAAAUGGCAUCCUGUUCUGAAUGUAUUGCACUACUUUUGAUUAGAUCUUUGUAGUGUCUUGUGGAAGGUAGCUGGGCUAUAUAGGACAUAUGGUGCCAUUUGGGACUCAAGCUGUGUCUGCUUUUAGAGAAUAGAACCAUCAUCUGUCAGAGAGAUGAGCUCAAACACUAUCUCUGGUUGGAGAUUUGUCAAGCCUGUCAGUUGUCCACCAUUUUUACAGAUUCUAUUAAGACGGAAAUGCAGUGUGACGUCUGUAUGGAUUCAACUCUGUGUGCAUCCCAAUGGUCUACACAAGCUUCCUCCCCUCAUGUCCUUCAUCAGAUCUAAAAGAAAUAGGAACAGGUAAAAGCCAAUCCUUUGGUAGAUCGGAGAGAUGUGGAGGAGAGGAAGCCUCUUUAGACCUUUGAGAACAAGAAACACAUGUACACAUAGAUGCAAUGUAAUGCACUCCAUUGCAUCACAAUGAGGGAUUUUAAACUUAACGGCCGCCAUUCUGUCAUGGCCAACUCAUCUGAAGAGGAACUCCUAAAAUGGUCGCCAAACUAGCAGCGGUCACGGAGUGACAGCCUGGCUUUUGUUUUGAACUUCUUUUUUUAUGUACCAGUAUAUUUUUUUCUAUUUUAUUUUUUAUUAAACAUCAUAAAACUGCCAGUUA